GAGAAGGAGGACAUACCUGGCUGGCUCCGGUGAUCCACCGAUCAUCCGGUCGUGUGACCUGGAGUGGAGUCUCAACUUACUGCAAGAAGACAGCCCUCAGCCUGCUUCCUGGUCAUGGGCAGCAUCGCCUCUUGCUGUCUUCCUUCCACUCCACAGCUCCACUCUAGACUGGAGGAGCACCGAGUGGAAGUGGAACCAAGCCUGGAGGAGACUGAGAGCAGCCUGCAACACAUCAGUGACAGAGAGAACAUGGAUGACUUGGACACGUUGGUCAGUCCUGCAGAUCAUCCACAGACCAGCACCAUGUUCCUAAGCAAGUCUCUCAACGAUGGUGAGGUGUUUCUAUUGUUUCACGUCAAAUUCAACAAUCACUUUUCAUAUUGGCUCAGGUGCAAGUACAGUUCCUGCUCCACCAUCUUUCUUGAUGACAACACCGUCAGUAGGCCACACCUGAAAUACACCAUCAAAUGCGUGGCGCUGGCCAUUUACUACCACAUAAAAAACAGGGACAAAGAUGGAACACCACUCGACAUUUUUGAUGAGAAGCUCCAUCCUAUCUCAAGAUCCCAAGUGAUGGCGGACUACGACCGGCGUGACCCAGACCAGAGGCAGACAUACCGCUUUGUGCGUACGCUCUUCUGUGCUGCUCAACUGGCGUCCGAGUGCGCCAUCGUCUCGCUGGUGUACCUGGAGAGGCUGCUGACGUACGCAGACAUCUCCAUGAGUCCCGGCACGUGGAAGAGGAUGGUGCUGGGUGCCGUCCUGCUGGCUUCCAAGGUGUGGGAUGACCAGGCCGUGUGGAACGUGGACUACUGUCAGAUCCUCAAAGACAUGGCGGUGGAGGACAUGAAUGAGCUGGAGCGUCACUUCUUGGAGCUUCUGCAGUUCAACAUCAACGUGCCCUCGAGCGUUUAUGUCAAGUAUUAUUUUGACCUACGCUCCCUCUCAGAGGCCAACGACCUCAGCAUCCCCCUGGAGCCACUCAGCCGCGACAAGGCUGGCAAACUGGAGGCUAUUUCCAGACUGUGUGACGACAGCUUCAAGGACGCGCGGCGAGCCGCCAGGAAGCACUCCGCCAGCCAGGACGACCUAUACGGGGUCACCUGGGUUCCCGCUAUCCUCUCCUAACACAGACUGGACUGAUGGCGUGCUGGACUCCAUCUUGAAUGUCAGGGGAUG